GGAAGAUCAUCCUGUUGACGAUUACAUUGCCUGUCGCAUGGUCUUUAGGAAGGAUCCAUCCACAGCCCCCGGAACACAACGACGUAGGAGUUCAAUAAUUGGACAAUCCACUGUACCGAACGCAUAGUGCACCAAAAAAAGCGGAAGACCUGAAACGUCAAGCAGACGCCCGUCGGGCAGGAAAUCCACAGCUUGCUGUCUUCGACAUCCGGCCAUGCGCCAGAACAGACGCAUAAAUCUGCGUCGACGGGCGGCCUUCGAUACCGCGCCAGACAAGAGUCGAGCCAGCGACUUUUCUCUCCCUCUCCGACACACGUCCUCUCUCCAGAACCAGGCCUUGACAGGAACCGGUAAGAGCUGUGGCGACGCCGCCAAGUGCCUUAUAUAAUUCUGGUAACUAGAGCGCCACGUAGCGUUAACCGUCUGGAGGUGGCACCGCCACACUAUUGCGCUCGUGUGUCGGUCGUUGACAUUAUUUGCCGCCCCGGAAGCUUUCCUGGUCAUCGAAAACAAAGACUGCGUCGGCGUAGUCCGUCACGCAAGAGGCCGCGUGACGGAUGUAUCGUUAUAAGGUUUGUCGACAGUGUGCUGGGUCGAUUCAUCCUGGUCGUUACUCUGGCAGCGGACCAUCUCAGCCACCUCCCUUCAGGCAAAAGGAAACAGAAACGGAAGCAUCUCUCUCGGAGAACUUGGGCGAGCCCUGAUGACGGCACGUCACGCAGCAGUGCUAUGGCUUUGCCGAGGUCACUCUGGCUGGAUACAGUCUCCGGACUUCACCGGCGGGUACGUCGAGGAGGCACAUGGUGGCGCAAGAAUUCGCCGAACCAAUUCCCGGGUCAUCGUCAUCUCUACAGCAGCAGCCGAGUUUGGAGUUCAGCCAACAAGCGUCUGAUUAUUCGUCGUCAGCACUAGAAUAUGUGCCAACUGCAAGCGGUCUGUUGCCACCGAGUCCAGCGCCAGUGUCCACCGCCACACUCCUGCACCCCGCCGAAUCAGAGAGUCGCUCUCGUUCGCCUGCUCCGUCGCACUCCAAAAAGCGCCAGCUCCUUCAAGUGUGGUUUGCUCAAACCGUCGCGCUCCAAACCACCCUCGAUACAUGUCCCUCCGUUGGGGCAGCGUUCGCCGACGUCAACAGAGACCCCAUUGCCACAUCUGACACCGGGCCCCGUACUAGCGCCAUCUCUACCACUGGGACACGACACACCGUCUGGCCACCUUCCUGAAAGCACUCCACUUGUGUCUUUGCCACUCAAAAAAUGCUAACUCCAGAGAUCUGCAGCUGCCACCCAGACUCCGGUCGCCGGCCUUCACACUAUCGCGCAGCGGCCCGUAUCCCCG